AUGGCGGUGUUUGCUGAUUUGGACCUGCGAGUGGGUUCCGAUCUGAAGCUUCUGCGCCGGCUGGUGGAGAACGCCGCUCACCUUGGCUAUUCAGUUGUUGCCAUCAAUCAUGUUAUUGAAUUUAAGGAAAAGAAACAGGAAAUCGAAAAACCAGUAGCUGUUUCAGAACUCUUUACAACUUUGCCAAUUGUACAGGGGAAAUCAAGACCAAUUAAAAUUUUAACUAGACUGACGAUUAUCAUAUCAGAUCCCUCUCACUGCAAUGUUUUGAGAGCAACUUCUUCAAGAGUUCGCCUGUAUGAUAUUGUUGCUGUUUUUCCAAAGACAGAAAAACUUUUUCAUGUUGCUUGCACACAUUUAGAUGUGGAUUUAGUCUGCAUAACUGUAAAAGAGAAGCUACCAUUUUACUUCAAAAGGCCCCCUAUUAAUGUGAACGUAAUUAUAUCUAGUGCUGCAGAAGGGCCUUUAGAAAUCAGAGGGCCAUAUGAUGUGGCAAACUUAGGAUUGCUGUUUGGCCUUUCUGAAAGUGAUGCCAAGGCUGCUGUGUCCUCCACCUGCAGAGCGGCGCUUCUUCACGGAGAAACGAGAAAAACUGCUUUUGGAAUUGUUUCUACGGUGAAGAAACCCCGGUCAUCAGAAGACGAUGAGGACUCUCUUCCAGCUUGCAAGAAAGCCAAGUGUGAGGGCUGA